AUGUAUUCAAUAAAUAUACUUCGACAAACAUCUUUAGUACGCUUGUCAAUUAAACCAUAUCCAAUACAGUUGAGUAAAUACAAAUCCUCCGAUUCCAAAGAGGAUUUAAAGGAAAAAAUUAAAAUGAAAACACCAAUUGGAAAAUUAGACGAACUCGAAGCUGGUAAGCAUCCAUUUCAAGAAAAGCAGCCUUUGAAAGAAUGGCCUGAAGGUCGUAAUCCAGCAACUGGAGAGCAAAACGGCCCAAAAGGACCUGAACCAACUAGAUAUGGCGAUUGGGAACGAAAAGGAAGAGUGACAGAUUUUUAA